AUUGAUCGAAACAAGUGAUAGUCAGAGGGAGCAAUGUCCGAAGAAUACGGCAGGUGGGAUAGGACUUCCCGUUUCAACGUUUCAAACCGCCAGCUAUAUCCGGCGCUCCUUGUCGUUAACAUCACUAGAAUGGAUACGGCACGGCAAGCCGGCCGAGGUGGUAAGCGAGCAGAACGACCAACCGAGAGAAAAGCCAUCGCCGACAUUCCGAGCCUUGACACUCACAGCAUAAUCGCCGACGCCGACUACAAGGAAUCCGAUACUUGCCACGCCAGCGCAGCCGGAGGACGGAAGCAUCUUCAAGGUUACAAUGCGCGAAUUUCCUGUCAUCCACGACAACGUCGACGGAGAAACUACCCACCGCAUCGCAGCAAGCGAUAUAAUAAAAAAAUCAAAGACAUUAAGUGUGCACAUAAGUGUAAGUGGCAGGAUUGCAUAAGGCAGAUUUAUUUUUGUUAUGUACUAAGCGGAAUACCGCGACGGCAAUUUUAUUUAUUUUAUGUCAUUUUACUAAUAAAAGCAUUAUCAUUUUGUUUUAUGAAACGUGAAUGGGCGUGCGAAGAAUGAGUGAAUGCGAGAAAGCGAAUCCGAUGCGUUGUAAAUAUAUAUUAUUGUCACUUCGAUUAAGUAGAGUAAAGAUAUUGCAUGGUGCGACGCUGAGCGUACUACUAUUAAAAGUAAUAAGUUAUUUUUUAUAUAUGGGGCAUUUUCUGUCAACCGGACCCCUUCUUCCAUUACAAAAAAAAUCUUAAAAAUUUCUGCUAGUGAUCAAAAUGUAGCUUAUAACUUUAACUUUCGAAAGCACUGUAGCGUUUUGAAAAAUUUAAUAUGGCGGCUCUAGUACGGCGGCUGGAAGCUGUGUACAAACCAGAAAAUUUCACUUAUAUGUGAAUUUAUCAUUCGAAUCAUGAUGAACUCCUACAGGAAAAGCAUUUUCAAGGGUAUUCAAGGUUGCUCUUUCGAAAUCUGGCGUCAAUUUUUCAUUUCAUAGAUCCCUAAGGGUUGGAAAUAAGGGUGGAAGGCGUGAUUUCACGAUUUUUCAAGUUUUCUGUUAUUAAUCAGUGAAACAAAAAGUUUCUAUUACAUAUUUUAACUAGUUCUCGUCCAUACGUACUCUAUUUUCUCAGAGUGAGAAUUAGGGGUAGGGGGUAGAUUUUUUCAAAAAUGAUGUGGUAAUACAGGUACAGAGCGUUUGAUAUAUCAUUCUCGACGUUUCUCUGCGUGCUUAUAUCGAAUUUGGAUAUAAAAUGACCAUAUCUUGUUACCUCCCAUUCAGUUUUGUAGAUUUAAAAAAUGGCGGAUCCAAGAUGGCGGACAAAAAAGUGAAAGAGGCUUCAAUUUUUAUAAAACUUAAAAUGUGGGGGUUUCCGGAAUCGCUGAUUACGAAUUUGAUAUUACUUUUCCAAAAUUCAAAAUGGCGGAUUCAAGAUAGCAGAUAAGAAAGUGAUAGCGGAAAACUUGAAAAAUCGUAAAAUCACGCUUUCCAUCCUUAUUUCCAAUCCUUAGGGACCUAUAAAAUCAAAAAUUGACGCCAGAUUCCGAAAAAGCACCCUCGAAUACUCUUAAAUAUACUAUUGAAGGGUUGAAAAUAGGAGUCAAAAUUGCAUUAACUAAAAUUUUUGUAUAGUUUGCGAAUAUAACUUUCAGUUAAAUGCUAUUACUAUAUUUUAGCGGAAUCAAUGUAGAUAAAUGUAUCACGGAACAAAAUUAAAGAUUUACAUUGGUAUAAAUCUUUAAUUUUGUUCCGUCAUACAUUGAUGUAAAUCUUUAAUUUUGUUCCGUCAUACAUUUAUCUACAUUGAUUCCGCUGAAAUAUAGUAAUAGAGGAGAAGGUGGUAAUAUGGCCAGUGCGGAUAAUAUGGCCACCCAUAUUAUCUCCGUUACUAGCUGACAAAUUCUAAUAAUUAUUUAUGAUAUUAUUUGUUUAGUAGCCUACUGUUAUAUAAUGAUGCUAAUAUGGCAAAACACAACAGUCAACAUUUGUUAUAAGGCAUUUUUACUUUUAAGAAUUUCGAAAAUUUUUUAAGGUACAUUUUAACAUUUAAUUGCACAUACAUCCUCAUUCUUUUUAAACUUAACCGCAUUAUUACCCAAAUGUAUGUACACUUGAGUACUUUCUUAUUAUUUAACUCUUUAUUCGGCUGUAUACAUUUCGAGUUAUACAAAAUUAAACGAUGACAUAGGAUGUUGUCAAUAUGGCCAUCUAAAUGUGCUAGUAAUAUGGUCACUUUUGAGAUCUCCAUAUCGACACAAUUCCUCGAUAAAUCGAUUAAAGGCUUAAUUUAAGGCUAUUAUUUUUUUUUAAUCCUUUAUAUGAAUAAGGUUGUUUAGAUUUAAGGUUAUUUUUAUUUAACUUCCUUUAAAUGUGAAUAAAAAUUACCUGUUUCGAUAUAACAACUUAUUUUAUAUAAAUAUAUAUGUUUCUAACAAAAUACUGUGACCUUUUUAAACAAAACCAAUUUUUUUACUUUUAUUUUUGUGGUGGCCAUAUUAACUUUCCUAUUUCUCUUUGGCCCGUUAUGCAGUAUUGUUACAUAUUUCUAAAUAAUAUAUAAUAUAAUAAAUAUUUCAUAACUUUGAAUCGAAAAUCUAAUGAGCAACACUUUGAUAAAUAUAAUCAUAAAAUUUCAACUUAAAACAUUGAUUAUUAACGAAGUUAUUAAAUAAAAUAUAAAUGGGUGGCCAUAUUACCACUUUCUCUUCUAGCACUUAACUGAAAUGUUAUAUUCACGAACUAUGUAAGGAUAUUCGUCAGGAAAGGCAGGAUGAAAGUCAGGACAUAACACGUAAUUUGUAAUAUAUUUCAAGUAAACGAUGGUCACGGGUGAACAAUAGCCGCGGAAUGACCCCGCUGGGCCGGGCGGACGCUGCUUAUAUAUGAUUUUCCGAUCACUUGGUCCGGCCAAUCGGCUCAAGACGGCUUUUUCCCAAUUCGUUCGGGAUUCGCGGGGGCGGGCGUUUCGUCGCAUGAGUUUCUCGACCUUUCGCGCCUGACAUGACGCGGUCUGACAUGUCCUAACACGUCGCAGCGUGCCGGACAUCGGUCUACGCAAUUCCGACGUUACAAUUCGGCCAGCCUGACGACUAAUCGUCCCGAUUAGUUUCUAACGCAUAACAAAAUAC